CAUUAAACGUAAUGAUUAUUUAAAUUAAAAAAAAAAAAACAUUGUGAAAAUUAAUUUAAAAGUGUAGAAUUUUAAUUAUUCUAGACCAUGGAAAUAUAUCUUUAUUUUAAGAAACUGGUGCUGUGAAGGAACUGAUAAAUCAGGACCAAUAUAGAUAAAUAAAUAAUAGUUGUAAGCAAUGAAUACAAAUGGUAAUGCAAGUUCUCAAGAUGGUGGAAAUGGUGAUUAUGGAAAUAAUGAAGAAACAGCAGCAUUACUUAGUCGUGUACCACCACCAGUUGUUGUUGCAACAAGUACACAAGGAAAACCUGUAUUAACACGACAAGAUCGUGCAACAUUUUUAGUAACAUCACCACAAUUAUCAGGUUCUGGACUUGGUGGUUCAGAAGAAAGUGCAACAAAUGAAGAUCCAUCAACAAGAUCAGUACCAGAUAUUGAAUUACAUUGUCGUCUUGAUGGAGAACAACAUCAACAACGUUGGUCACGUCAUCUUAAUACAACUUUGUAUCGUACUAGACAAAUAUCACAGCCCUACAAUAGAUGUCGAUGUGAUAGAAGAGAAUCACUUGCUCCAUCAUCAGCAUUCCAUCUGGCACGUAGCAUAUCAAGAGAAAGCGUAAAAAGUAAUCAUCAGUGUUGUCCUUGUCAAGCACCACCACCACCUGUAUUAGUAACAACAUCACCAAAUACUAGAAUAAUACGUCAAAGUUCACAACCCGAGGCAUCAGUAUGUUGUUGUACUGGAUGUACAUGUCCCUUGCAUUCUGGUGCAGCAAGUGCAUCACUACGUCAACUUCGUGAACCAGGUGAUGGAAUAGCCGGUAUUGCUGCUGAUUCACUCAGAAUAAAUGGCGGUAUUCGACAGUUUCGACAGUUUCCUUGGUGGUGGUGCAAAUCGUCAAUGGGAACGACAACAACAGCGUAUCUACCUUCAACGAUAAAUUCUGGUGCAACAACAUCAGCUGGUUCUGGUGGUCAGGGUGUUGUACUUUGUCCACGUACACUAUCACAGGCUCGUCGCAGUAAACUACGAAGAGCACUUACCGAAGCAACAUCCGAGACCGUCACCUACGUUAAGACGCUGCGAAAGCCAGUGUCGACACUCUCGAUUCCUGGGGCGAUGAGAAGUAGCAGUGGUACUGGAAGUGGACAAGGUGUUGGUGGAUGUGGAAGUGGUGGUGGUAAUGGUGGUGGUGGAGGUGGUGGUGGUAAUGUUGAUGAUGCUGGAAUUGCAUUGGUUGGUGUACAUACUGAAUAUCCACGUUUUAUGGAUGAACGUGGUCUUGGUGGUGGUCCAAUGAAAUCAGCACCAUCAGGUAGCAUUGGUCCAGGUUCAAAACAUAAACCAAAUGUUGGUUAUCGUCUUGGUAGACGAAAGGCAUUAUUUGAAAAACGUAAACGAAUUAGUGACUAUGCACUUGUUAUGGGAAUGUUUGGAAUUAUUAUCAUGGUCAUUGAAAAUGAAUUGUCCAGUGCUGGAGUUUAUACAAAGGCCUCGUUCUACUCGACUGCACUCAAAACCCUAAUCUCUGUGUCUACUGUGAUACUGGUUGGCCUCAUAUUUGCUUAUCAUGCCUUAGAAGUUCAGUUGUUUAUGAUUGAUAACUGUGCUGAUGACUGGCGAAUAGCAAUGACUUGGCAACGAAUAUUUCAAAUAUCAAUGGAAUUAUUGAUAUGUGCGAUUCAUCCAAUACCUGGUGAAUAUUACUUUUUAUGGACAACAAAAUUAGCAAAUAAAGGUGGUGGUAUUGGUGCAAUAUGGGUACCAUAUGAUGUGACACUAUCGCUGCCAAUGUUUCUCAGAUUAUAUCUAAUAUGUCGUGUAAUGUUAUUACAUUCAAAAUUAUUUACUGAUGCAUCAUCCAGAAGUAUUGGUGCCUUGAAUCGCAUCAAUUUUAAUACAAGAUUUGUUCUUAAAACUCUUAUGACCAUUUGUCCUGGUACUGUUCUUCUUGUUCUCAUGGUGUCAUUGUGGAUUAUUGCCUCAUGGACAUUACGACAAUGUGAAAGAUUUCAUGACGAGGAACAUGCGAAUUUGCUCAACGCAAUGUGGCUCAUAGCCAUUACCUUUUUGAGUGUCGGUUUUGGUGACAUUGUGCCUAACACGUACUGUGGACGUGGAAUCGCUGUAUCAACUGGAAUAAUGGGAGCUGGCUGUACGGCUCUACUCGUUGCGGUUGUUUCAAGAAAAUUAGAACUGACAAGAGCUGAAAAACACGUUCACAAUUUUAUGAUGGACACACAGUUGACAAAAAGAUUAAAAAAUGCUGCUGCAAAUGUUUUGAGAGAAACUUGGCUUAUAUAUAAACAUACACGAUUGGUCAAACGAGUUAAUCCGGGUCGUGUACGAACACAUCAACGAAAAUUCCUUCUGGCUAUUUAUGCACUUAGAAAAGUUAAAAUGGACCAACGCAAACUGAUGGACAAUGCCAACACGAUAACAGACAUGGCAAAGACCCAAAAUACGGUAUACGAAAUAGUAUCAGACAUGAGUACAAGACAAGAUGCCCUGGAGGAACGUCUUGUUAGUCUCGAGGAUAAAUUAACAGCAUUACAAGAACAACUUGAAUUAUUACCAGAGGCAUUAACAAGAUGUCUUGCCCAACAUGCUGAACGUAUGGAACAAAGAAGAAAUUUUUUACAUCCAGAUACAGCUGUUGGUUUAUCAACAACAUCAAAUAUUGGUAAUAAUAUAACAACAAGUGGUAUUGGUAAUACAUUAACUGUUGGAAUAAGUGGAAAUUUAAAUAGUGCUGCUCAUUAUCCAAUGACAAAUAUAACAAAUUCACCAUUAUUACCACAUUCACGAAGUGUACCAUGUGCACCAAGCACAAUGUCCCUUCAUCCAUGGCCAGCAAGUCCAGUAUUACCACCAGUAUCAAGUCGUACACCACAUUUAAUACCAGAUACUGGUGGUGGAGGUGGUGGUGGUAGUAGUUGUACAACAAAUAAUAGUACUAUUACACGUCAACAACAUUCUCAAUUACCAACAACAUCACAAUCAUCAACGAGACUAUCUGCACAAGCUGGAAUGGGAGGACUUGGAACAAGUCAAGGCUCUGACACAUCACCACACAGCUGAGCCACGUCAUUGCAGCCGCAGCAUUCGUAUUAAUAAUAUAUAUAUUCGCGUUUAUUAAUUUGUAUCGUUUUUAAUAUUUACAUAUUAAAUCGGAGGAUUUUUAUUUUGUUUUUUUUAUUUUUUAAAAUAAUUAUUAACAGGCAGGUCCUUUGAAAUAUCCUUCGAUUUAUUAAUAAUAAUGUUGAUCAAAAUCAACUCAAAGUAUAGAGAAUAUAAAUAUAUAUAUAUUGUUUUUUUUUUUUUUUCAAGAGAUAUUAAUGCAAAUAAAAAUGAUACAAAUUAUUGUCUGACCAUUUGCGAAUGCUUCCACUAGCUGCGGACUGCUAUUAUCAAAUCCCAACUUAUGCGUGCCUCAAUAAUAAAAUUGUAUAUCAUUUAUAAUUAAAAAUCUCAUCUAUUUAUAUUCUGUUUUACUAUCUUUGUUGAAUUAAAUAUAAUAGAAAAAAUUUAUCAACAUAUUUAUAUCAACUUAUUUGGGCGACAGUCAAGCGAUAAAUUCACUCAAAGUACUUGAUAAAAUUUUAAAUAAAUUGUUGGAUAAAUUUAACGAAAAAUUCAAGCUUUAUUAUUAAUUUAACGAAAAAAAAAA